UUACUACUAUCAAUAUUUGACAAAAGAAAAUGGCGGAGAGACGUGGUGGUGGAAACAGAAAUCGUUCUCGAAGUAGAUCCCCAUUUGGUAGGAAAAACUCCGAGCGAGAUGGAAUUCAGGAUCGUUUAAAGCGGAUAAGUGGUACUGAUGGCGAUCAGCCAACUGAAAAUGGCAUUAGCGAUAAUGUGAAAAUAGACAGAGAAAAGACUUGCCCUUUACUGUUAAGAGUGUUUUGUCAAAUUGGAAAGCAUCACAGAACAGAGGAGUUUGCUCAUAACAAGACACCCUCGAAUGAGCUGCAAAUUUAUACAUGGAAAGAUGCUAGCUUAAAGGAACUCAUGAGUUUGGUCAAGGAGGUUAACCCAGAAGCAAGACGUAAAGGAACUUAUUUUGAUUUUGCAAUUAUAUAUCCGAACUUCCAGCGUGGAGGGUACAUAUUAAAAGAUAUUGGUACGACUUGCUCUGGACAAAAGUGCCCGGAUGAUAACGUCACACUCCAUUCAAAAAGGUUCCAAAUCGGUGAUUUUUUGGACAUAGCAAUAAUGUUGCCUCCCAAGGAGAGAAGAGACAGUUUAUGAAGAUUCUGUAAAAUAUUUGCUUUGUAUAUAUUGUGUGUUACUGCGCCAUUAUGCACACAGACGAGCUGUAUAAGAACUAACGAACUUGGAUUUUAAUAAGAAAAACGUUAUAAUAUAGCA